UACUGCUAAAUGUGUAUUUUUAACGGCAAUUAGCAUUUCUUGAUGUUACAUUUUCAUGAAUGGUUAGCUACUUUCUAGAAAAGUUCAAGCGUAAAUCUCUUGAUGUUAUAUAUUCUCAUCAUUUGCGCAUUGAGAUUUGUUAUGUCUUUAUUAAUUUGCAUCUUCAAGAGCUUAAUAUGAAUGAGUUUGAUAGCAAUAAGCUUCGAGAUCUCAGUUAUCAGCUUGAUAAUUUUAUAGUUUAUGCUCGUAAUUCUGACUAGAGGUUCUUCAACUUGAAGGGAAUUACCGACUUUGCUACAGUAUUGGUGAAGUCAAAUUUGCAUCAAACUUGGCUACUUGUUUAUUUGCUUAUCAAGUUGACUCUCAUUCUUCGUGUUGCUACUGUUUCUGUGGAACGAGCUUUUUUGUUCAUGAAGUACAUCAAAAAUGAACUUCGUAAUAGUAUAGGUGAUGAAUUUUGUAAUGGUUGUGUAGUGCUCAUUUCUUUAACAUAAAAUAAAUGAGGGUGCUUGCAAGAGUGAAUUAUUAGUUGUAAUUGGUAAGAGAAGCUAGCAAAAUUUGGACUUCAUUUCUUAGUUUUUUAAGAAAUGAAGAGUUUUUAACUAUAACGUUUAAAUAGUUGUACGCUUAUAUGGUUAUACAAUGUUAUUUAUAGUAACUUUAUAAUAAGGGAAUUGAGCAUCCACGAGCCUAAGAUCCUGGAUCCGCCACUGUUUCAAAUGGCCCGUACUAAGCAAACAGCUCACCAAUCCACAGGUGGAAAGGCACCAAGGAAGCAGCUAGCUACCAAGGCUGCAAGAAAGUCAGCUCCAGCAACUGGAGGAGUGAAGAAGCCUCACCGUUUUCGUCCAGGAACUGUGGCUUUGAGGGAAAUCAGGAAGUAUCAGAAAUCUACGGAGUUGUUGAUUAGGAAGCUUCCAUUUCAAAGGCUCGUGAGGGAAAUUGCCCAGGAUUUCAAGACAGAUCUGAGGUUUCAGAGUAGUGUUGUUGCUGCUCUACAAGAGGCUGCUGAGGCUUACCUUGUUGUUGGCCUCUUCGAAGAUACUAAUCUCUGUGCAAUUCAUGCUAAGAGGGUCACGAUUAUGCAGCUUGCUAGGAGGAUUCGUGGAGAAAGGGCUUAAGAAUAAGCUUUUUAGGGUUUAAAGACAAUUUGUGUUCAAUGGUUUUGCUUUGAUCUGUUGUUGGAAUGCUAGGCUUUGUAGUGUACAUUUACUAGAUGUUUUCAGUUGUAGUAUGUGUAAACUGGUGGUUUACCAGAAUUCUGGAAUCUUAGUAAUGAAAUAUGUACUCUGAUUUGUUCAAUCAAAGAUAGUG